AUGUAUUCUGGUGGUUAUACUGCUGAAGUUACAAACUUAUCUCCAAGAGCUACUGAGAAUGACGUACACAAUUUUUUUGGAUACUGCGGUGUGAUUGAGCGCGUUGACGUGAUAAGACACAGUGAUUUUGAUUCUACAGCAUAUGUGACUUUUAAGGAAGCUUAUGCCCUGGGAACUGCAUUAUUGCUUAAUGGUUCGAUGAUUUUGGACCAAAGCAUUUCCAUUUCGCUCUGGGAUGCUUAUACAGAUGACAAUAACGUUGACGAAAGUAUUACAUGCUCUCAAGAUAUUCACAUGGAUAAGUUUGUUUCUUCCCCUGGAGAAGCUUUUACUAUGGCCCAAGAGGUUGUCAAAACAAUGGUAGCAAAAGGAUAUGUACUGAGCAAAGACGCAUUCGUGAUGGCAAAAGCUUUUGACGAAUCGUGCAGUGUAUCAUCCACAGCGUCAGCCAAAGUCGUUGAACUCAGCAACAAAAUUGGAUUGACAGAAACCAUAAAUUCAGGUAUUGAAACUUUCAAAUCUGUUGACGAGAAGUAUCAUGUUACAGAUAUCACAAAAUCGGCCGCAGCAGUUACGGGAACGACAGCUAUAGUCGUGGCAACAGUUACUGGGAGAGCAGCUGUGGCUGCGAGUAAUGCUAUAGUCAAUAGCAGCUACUUUGCAAAAGGGGCUCUUUGGGUUUCGGAUAUGUUAUCUCGUGCGGCGAAAUCAGCCGCGGAGUUGGGUCAGCAUCAAAACAAAUGA